GAGCAGCGAUUCACUAGCCAGAAUUUAUAAUGAGUCACACAGUAAAAUAUAAUCACGUGAAAUUGUUUCCCUCCAGGUGUGAGAAGGGGAAGUUCCAGCAGCCAGAGGAGAUUUCUCCUGAACUGGAAGAGCGAGUCAGUGGUUUCUCCCAGAAAACGAUUGUGCUAAUGGAGAUUCUGGGGAAGUUCAAAGACACUCUGCCGUCUGCACUAGACAGAAAAAGGGGGGAACCCCUAGGAGCCCCCAGACUGGUGAAUGUGACUCUGGAUCCAGACACGGCUCAUCCCAACCUCAUCCUGUCUGAGCAUCGGAAAAUUGUGAGAUGGGGACACACGCAGCAGCGACUGCCCAACAACCCUGGGAGAUUUGACACUUGGCCCUGGGUGCUGGGCUGUGAGGGAUUCACCUCGGGGAGACAUUGCUGGGAGGUGGAGGUGGAGGAUGGGCGAUGCUGGGCUGUGGGGGUGGCCAGAGAGUCUGUGGGGAGGAAGGGAUGGAUCAGCCAUAGCCCUGAGGGGGGGAUCUGGGCUGUGAGGCGGUGGGGGGAUCAGUUCUGGGCUCUCACCUCCACUGUGACCCCCCUGCCCCUGAGCCGGGUCCCCAGCAGGAUCCGGGUUUGUCUGGAUUGUGACUGGGGGCAGGUGACAUUUAUCGAUGCUGGUGACGAGGCCCUGAUCUUCACUUUCCCGCCGGGCUCCAUCCCUGGGGGGAGAAUCCGACCCUGGUUCUGUGUGGUGGGGACAUGGGGAUCCCGGCUCAGACUGUGUCCCUGAGACACACAGCAGAGAGUGGAACUGGAAAUGAGCCUCUCUAGCCACACAAAGCCCAGUCUCUAUGACCUUGGAGGACUCCCAUCUACCCAGCCUCUGGCUCCUCAUCUCUAUGGCCCCUGGAAGCACCUCCCCCGCCCUCUUUGCAGCCCCAGGGAUGGGAGGGGGAAGAACUCCUGAAGCUGCAGG